UCACAUGAUGAUGUGUUGUCGUCCAUUGACGAUAAUUUAUCUCUCUCUUCAAACCAAACCACUAUAAACAUUAAAAUAGCUUUGCAUUAUUAGUCAUCAAUCUCGAUCAUGGAGAACAUCAAUCUCUCAGAAGAAGAGAAAUGGUGGGGAGAUAAACACUUACAUCAGAUCAAUGGCUUCUGGUUCAUGCCUUUUAUUAUCCCCAGAAUUCACCGAGUUCUAGCCGAGUUCAACCCACUUCCCAGCGACGUAAUCUUGGGUUCCUUCCCUAAAACCGGCACCACAUGGCUCAAAUCCCUUAUUUUCUCCAUCAUCAAUCGCUCCUCUCUUGAUUCUCUGGUCAAAAACAACCCCCACGACCUCGUUCCUUACCUAGAAGUUCAAGUCUAUGGAGAUCAUCAAGAAUCAUCGGACUCAUCAACUCACGUAUUGUCGUCCGAGGAAGAUCAAGACACCACUAGAAUCUUCAGCACACAUAUCCCUUACCAACUUCUCGGCAAAACCUUGGAAUCUUCCUCGGGCUGUCGUGUGGUUUAUGUUGUCAGGAACCCAAAGGACACCUUAAAUUCCCUCUGGCAUUUCGCGAAUAAGUGGAAGAUGGCCGAGGAAGCGCCAUGGGAGAUGGAAGAAGCCAUGGAGAAAUUUCUUCGUGGGACUGUCCCUGCCGGGCCUUACUACGAGCAUGUUUUGGGGUACAGAAUGGCGAGUUUGAAGAAUCCUAGUAAAGUGUUCUUUAUUAGUUAUGAAGAGUUAAAGGAUGAUACGAAAACUCACGUUAAAAGAUUGGGUGAGUUUUUAGGUUGUCCUUUUGAGGAGGAUAAGGAAGUGGAGGAGAUAGUCAAGUGUUGUAGCUUUGAGGUUUUGAGGAAUCAUGAAGUGAACAAAUCUGAGGAUUGUCCUGCUUGGUUUCCAACUCCUUAUAAUUCAUUUUUUAGACAAGCAAAGGUGGAUGACCAUAGGAAUUACUUCAGUGAUGAGGCUAUCAAAAGAAUUGAUGCAUUUACUGAGGAGAAAUUUCACAAAUCUGCAGGAUUUGUUUAUGGGAUUUAGUGUCUUUAAUUGGUUU